AUUGACAGAAGGAGAAAAAGACUUGAUACUGCUGGGGAUCUUCCAUACGUCGAUGAAUAUGAGCGAAACAGUAAACUACUUCAAGCCCAAAGAUGUCAGUAAAGAGCGCAAGAGAUCCCGUAAUGUCUACUACAUCAGAAGCAAGAGGGUUUGCACCAAGACCUUUCGUUUCCUUCAUGUCAUCAGCAAGAAUAAGGUAAGUGCAGUGCAACAAUGGUACCGGGAGCAAGGGCUUACUCCACGGCGUAAGAAGUCUGGUGGUCGAGUUGAGUGUAAGAGAGUGUUGAGCUACGAGGAUGCGAAACGAGUCUUCCAGUUCAUCGACAACUUUGCAGAGGUGAACGCACUUCUUCUUCCUGGUCGUGUCGCUGGAUUCAAGAGAGCAGAUCUUCGUCUUCUGCCAUCAACGAACUCGAAAGCCAGCAUUUGGAGGGACUACUACAAGCCAGCUAUGGAAAAAUUGGGCUUAAGGGCAGCAGCACUCUCCACCUUCAAGAAGCUUUGGAAACAACUAUGUCCACAAAUUGUGUGUUGUCCACCGAUGUCUGACCUCUGCUGGGAGUGCCAGAAGAACAACAACCUCAUCAACAGGACCGUCAACUGCGAAGAAGCAAGGAAGAGCGCAACAUUGCAGAAGCAGGAGGCACACCUUCAACAUGUCAAGGAAGAGCGCGAGUCUUACAAGGAACAGGUUGCUGAUGCUAAAGUCAUCAUUGCAAGUGGAGACUUCUCGCUAGAUAUCCCUAACCCGCCGUGCUCCAGGAAGUUUACAAUGCACUAUUCUUUUGAUUUCGCCCAGCAGAUUCACUAUCCAUCAAAGCCUCUCCAGCCAGGGCCGAUGUACUUCAUGACUCCAAGAAAAUGCGGCAUCUUUGGAGUCUGCUGCAGGGGAAUGCCUGUACAAGUGAACUACCUCAUCGAUGAAGGGAUGGCGUCAACGAAAGGGAGCAACGCCAUUAUCAGCUACUUGCAUCACUUUUUCACAAACCAUGGACUAGGCGAAGAGAAUCUUCGUCUACACUGCGACAACUGCUCAGGACAGAACAAAAACAGGUACAUGCUUUACUAUCUUCUCUGUAGAACUCUAAAUGGACUUCACAAGGACGUCUCUCUCAACUUUAUGGUAGCUGGUCACACCAAAUUCAGUCCGGAUUGGUGUUUUGGCCUUCUUAAGCAGAAGUACCGCCGCACAGAAGUGUCAACCCUAGACGAUAUAGCGCAGAUGACCCUCCAGAGUACAGCAAGCCGAUUGAACAAGCCACAACUAGUUGGCACCGAGUCGCAGGAAGUCUCUGCCCAUCUUAUGACUGGCAGACCUUUCUUGGGAGGUUCUUCAAGCCACUUGUCGGCAUCAAGAGUUUACAGCAUUUCCGGUUUUCAUCUGAGGAGACUGGGGUUUUAUAUGCUUCGAAGAGACCAUCCGGGGAAGAAAAGCAGUACAAUCUCCUUCGAACACCUGACUCGCUACCGCCAGCUGAACUUCAAGAGGAGACACCACCACCCGGACUUGAUGCGAAACGACAAUGGUACUUGUACGACAAAAUUAGAGAGUUCUGCAGCGACGAGGGAGCAGAUAUAACGUGCCCAAAGCCAACAGUCCCGAAGCCCGGCAACCGCCCCACACAAGAGAAAGUCCCAGCGCAGAAAGUACAACGACGAAAGUAGCCACUUCAGUUUGUAACUAACUUAGGAAAUCAUUAAUGUAGAGAUUCAAAGUAUACCUUAUUAUUAGGACUAAUACAGGUUUGUAAUUUCCAUUAUCUUCUUUACUUUCAAAGGCACUGGACAAAGACCAGUAAUCUCACUUGGU